CACCUCCAAAUAAGGCCAAUCGUGCAAAUUACCCUUUUCUGGCCCAAGUCCAGUAAUAGCCCAGCGUUCUUACUAAACCCUAAGCUGCAAUACAAAACAGUCUCUUCACACAUCUCAGGGUUAUUAUUCAACGGCGACAAUGGUGAACGUUCCUAAGACAAAGAAGACCUACUGCAAGUCCAAGGACUGCAAGAAGCACACCUUGCAUAAGGUCACACAAUACAAGAAGGGGAAAGAUAGCUUAGCUGCUCAGGGAAAGCGUCGUUAUGAUCGCAAGCAGUCUGGUUAUGGUGGACAAACAAAACCCGUCUUCCAUAAAAAGGCAAAGACCACCAAGAAGAUUGUCUUGAGAUUGCAAUGCCAAGGUUGCAAACACGUGUCGCAGCACCCAAUCAAGAGGUGCAAGCAUUUUGAGAUUGGUGGGGACAAGAAAGGAAAAGGAACCUCUCUUUUCUAGAUUGCCUGUGAAGCAGAAUUUGAUCUUUCUCUUCUGUUCUGUUACACUUCAGAUAUUUUUGUUAUAUUGAAUGUAGUUCAGGAGUUCUGUUAUCGACUCAUGAUUAAUUAUGUGUUCUGUCAGUGAUAAUCUUAUCAGGAGAUGAAAUGAAUACUUCAAGUUUUUGAUUUA